AUGGAUUUACAUUCACUUUCUGAUAGUCAUUGUCAUGUGGGGAUUGCUUGUACAUAUUCGACUUCAAAUGAGGUGAUUGAAUCUCUUUCUAAAGAUUCCAGGCUUAAAAAUUAUGCCCUUAUGUCCACAAACCAUAUCGAUAUAGAUUAUGUGGACAUGAUAUCUCGGUCAUUGGAAGGUGUGGUGGUUCCAUUUUAUGGGAUUCAUCCUUGGUAUGUACAUCUUUUCUAUGUAGGAGAUGGUGAUGAAGAUGAAUAUAUUGAAAUGGAUCAUCCUAAUGCAAAUUCAUUCAAAUUUGCUCAUUACCAUAAAGUUUUACAUCCAGCACCACUGGAUGAAUUACUUGAAGUAUUACCACAUCCAAUAAAUUUGGAAGUACAUAAUAAGAAGAUUCAAGUGUUGGCAAUUAAUAAUAAUGAGAGUCAAUUCGUUGGGAUAGGAGAAAUUGGACUCGAUAAACCGUUUAGAAUCCCUAGUAAUGGAUAUUUUGGUAAUCAAACGGUAAAUAUAGCAGAAUCAGGGCCAAAACUUUCUAAUUGUAGAGUUACCAUAACACAUCAACGAUUAGUUUUGGAAUCACAACUUGAAAUUGCACAAUCACUCCAAUUGGCAGUAUCUUUACACUGUGUUAAGGCACAUGGAGCCUUAUAUGACACAGUCUCCAAGUACAAUAUCCCUUCGAUAAUCCUUCAUUCAUUUUCUGGUUCAAGUGAUCAGGCAAAGAUUUGGUGUAAGAACUUUGCCAAUAAAGUUUUCUUUCUGUUAUCCAAUUGGAUUAAUGGGACCGAAUCUAAACUUCAAAUGUUUUCAGAGUUACUACAUGUUUUAGGAGAUAUGAAUAUAUUGAUUGAAACAGAUCUAAGUAUUGAUAGUAUGGAUAAAGAUGAGUAUCUUGGACAUUUACAAGGAAUCUUCCAUAAGAUUUCCAAUGAAAGAGGUUGGACAGAACAAGAAACUGAAAAGAUUUUACAAGAUAAUUGGGAGAGAUGUUUGAGAAAACAUAAUAAUUAA